AAACUGCGGGUGAGAGUUGAAGGGUGGUGUUUUCAUGUUCACAGUAAACAUGGCGGAGACUGAACAGUCGUCAGGCUCGUCCCAUGAGGGUGACAAGCCUCCCAAUCCUGGCGAUUUCAGCUUCAUGGUGCCAAAGAAGGAGAUCAGCAUGGUGCCUGAUAUGGGCAAAUGGAAAAGAUCACAGGCAUAUGCUGACUACAUAGGAUUCAUUCUGACCCUGAAUGAGGGUGUGAAGGGAAAGAAACUUACAUGUGAAUACCAGGUGUCUGAGACAGUGGAGAAGUUGCUUGCUAUGUUGGGAACAUUAGAUCGCUGGAUCGAUGAGACGCCACCAGUAGACCAGCCUUCUCGCUUCGGCAAUAAAGCUUACCGCACAUGGUAUGCUAAACUAGACCAGGAGGCAGAGGCUUUGGUCGCAGCCGUUCUGCCGUCAGAGCGUCAUGAUGCUGCUCCAGAGAUAGCAGUCUACCUGAAAGAGUCUGUGGGCAACUCCACCAGGAUUGACUACGGCACAGGUCAUGAGGCAGCAUUUGCUGCGUUCCUCUGCUGUCUUUGUAAGGUGGGAGCUCUGCGCAUGGAGGACCAGCUGGCCAUCAUAUUUAAAGUUUUUGACAAGUAUCUGCAAGUGAUGCGCAAACUGCAGAAGACGUAUAGGAUGGAGCCGGCAGGGAGUCAGGGUGUGUGGGGUCUUGACGACUUUCAGUUCCUUCCCUUUAUAUGGGGGAGCUCACAGCUUAUAGACCACCCAACCCUGGAGCCCAGACACUUUGUGGAGGAGAAGGUUGUAAACGAGUACCACCAAGACUACAUGUUUCUGGAGUGCAUUAAAUUCAUCAAUGAGAUGAAAACAGGCCCUUUUGCUGAACACUCGAAUCAGCUUUGGAACAUCAGCGCUGUUCCUUCUUGGUCCAAAGUCAAUCAAGGUCUCAUACGAAUGUAUAAAGCAGAAUGUCUAGAAAAAUUUCCCGUCAUCCAGCAUUUCAAGUUUGGCAGCCUGCUCUCCAUCCAGCCAGUCAAACAAUGAGAGACAAGAAAAAGAAUUUGCACCUCAUCAGAGAGCACAACCAAAACUCCAAAAUUGGACUAAACCACUUCAGUCCCAGUUAACAAACCUAAAUAUGCAUUCUCAUCACCAGAGGUGCUUGGUCUUACUCCUGAAGAGCCGCUUUCCUGGAGAGUUCAGUCCCAAACCUGCUCUAAUACAUCCAACCCUAAAAGAUUUAAGUAAACCUGAAGACCUAGAUUAUCAGGUUCAGGGGUAUUUGAGUUGAGCUGAACUAAACUCUGCAGGACAGUAGAUAUAAACAGCUGUUUGUGGGUUUAUGGAGCAUCAGUGUCUCAAAAGGCACUUGUAGUGAACUUCUUGCUGUUCAGUUAUCAAAGAUUGCUGAGGCAUGUGUUCAUUGUGAGUGGUUUCAAUAAGUGUAAUUUUUACCUAUGUAAGGCAUUAAUAAGUUGUCAACCACUUUAGUUUUACAUUUUCGGCUGUGCUUGUUUUUUUCAUAUUCUCUUUACUGAAAAUCAGAUGAGUAAAAUACCAAAAAGACCUUUAUAGUUUCUAAACAGCCACAUGUAGCUAAUACCACAGUCUUCCGUUUGAUAAAUUAAAGCAAUGAAUUUGCAUCCAGAAGUUUAGCAUGAUGCUAAAUUAGUUGGUUUCCGUUUUCUUCAGAACCAACACAGAAGGGGUAACAUUGAAAGAACAGGGUACACAGUCUGCAUGUUAAAAUUUCUGAAAUAUUGGUGCAAAGCUUUUGUUACUCAAAUGCAGCAAUUCUUUAUCCUGUUAGAACCGGGCAAAGCAUCUGUGAACACUUUUACGUCGGCAGAAAUAUAAUUCACAGUGUAAGUUUUAUAUAGUUCUGCACAUUAUCGAGAGAGAGAGGCACAUUAAACAGGCCUUUUAGUCCUGGGUUACUUUUUGUUUUAAAGACUUCAGCCUAACAGAACUAACAGACCUGGGCUGCAUUUCCUAAAUGCUUUGUAGGCCUAAAUAGAUUGUUGAAACCCUUGGCACCAAUGGUUUCUACAAUCUACUUAGAAUUACAAUGAUUUUGGGAAUUGCAACCAGCGCUUUAAAUUAAGAUAUAUAAAUUAAAAUGACCUUAUUGAUUAUUAUAACUAAGGAUUUGCUUGAACCGUUUGUUGCAACCAGCCUCAUAUUUUUAAGUGUAGUCUCAAUUUCAAAAGAAUAACCAUUGGUCUUACAACUGGCUUUUUGAGUUUCAGUAUUUAAUAAAAAUGUUGAUUUUUGA